AGAUUAAGAACAACAGUUCGAUCACGUUUCUUUAGGGUUUCGUUUACAUUUCCAAAUUUUCUUCUUCCUUCAUACAAAUAUCACUUUCACUGCGAUUUCCAAUCUCCAUAGCAACAAUGCCGUCUUCUCCGGCAACCGCUGAGCAGAAAUCCAAUCACCAAGACCAAUAUCUCCACACUCUGCUCCAAUCCGCCCGUCCUUUCCUCCGAGGAGAACUUGAAUCCGUAGACGACAAACUUCCAUCACUUGUGUCGGUUCUCCGAUCAGUUGGCGCCGGAGAGUGUUGGCAUAAACACGGAAGUUUUCUCGAACACCUUGUCGACAUCUACAGGAUUCUCAAACUAUGGGGCGCGCAGGAUUCGGUUUGUCUAUGCGGUCUCUUCCAUUCUGCAUAUUCUAAUUCUUACGUUAACCUCGCGAUCUUUGAUCCAACUACCGGUCGUGAUGUUGUUCGUGGACACGUUGGUGCAGAAGCUGAACGCCUUGUCUAUCUGUUCUGUAUUGUUCCUCGACAACCUCUAAUCCAUGACGAUUUGUUGUUCAAAUAUGCGGAUUCUGAACUUAUUGAGCAUCUCAAACUGUCGGAGAUUUCGGUGAUGAAUGCAAAGGAGAAGCGGUUGUUUGACGAUGAUGAACCGUGGAGGAAGAAGAUCCAGUCUCUCAUACCGGACGAUGGGGUUAUAGUUAAGCAUAUCAAAACCGGUGAAGACGUUCGUGUCUCGAGAAGACUUGUAGCUAUUUUUCUCUUGAUGACCAUGGCGGAUUUCAGUGAUCAACUCUUCGGAUUUCAGGACGCUUUGUUCGAAAACACCAACGGUAGACUGGAAUUUUCAGGAAACGACUGGGAUGCCGGAAUAUGGCCAGGAAAUGGGAAACCAGGGCUAUGGAUGAAUUCGGUAUCCCGAAUGGGAGCAAUCUAUAGUCUUCUGGUAAGAGAAGAAGAGAUUUUCAUCCAACAGAGGAUGUGCAAUUCAAAUCAAUCUGAAACAGAAUCAAUCAAAGACAGAGAUGAAGAACUGAAGCUGGUAAUCCCUCCUGUCUUCAAUUACUGCACUAGAGUAUUAGAUUCAGAGGAGCAAAUAGCUGGUAGGGAAUUAUACUGGGAAGCAGUUUGCAAUGGUGGAAAUGAGAAGAAGGAGAAGGUUGAAAGGCUGCUGCUUGAUUCGAUAGAGAAGAAUCCGUUCGUUGGAGAACCUCAUGUGGUUCUGGGUCAAGUGUAUGCAGGACAGGGGAGAUUCGAGGAAGCAGAGAUGGAGGCGGAGAAAGGAGUGAGGUUGAUAUUGGAAUGGGGAAGCCCGUGGGAUAAGAGGAUGACUUGGGAAGGUUGGAUUGCUUGGGCUAGAGUUGUUCUUAUGAAGUCUAAAGACAAGUCUUGGCCAAACACUUCUUGGGGGAUCCUUAAUCUUGGUCUUGUCAAGUGAGUAAAUUCAAUUUCAUGUCUUUCUUUUUCUUCUUUUUCAAGUUCUGUUUUCAAAUAAAACCAUCAUCUAGAAUUUCACUAAUCCAUAGUUGUAAUAAUCUGGAUAUAUUUGGUUAAGUAAUAAAUUUGUGUAGAUUGUGUGCCAA